UUGUUAAUUCCACCCAUCAACAGAACAAGCCUCCUCCCCUCCGCACGCGCAUGGUUGAAAGCUACAAAUGGAGAUGUUGAGCAUAGUGAAUUGUGAGAAAAGUUGUGAAUGACCUGUCUGUCAUCUCAAAAGACCUGUGCACAUACGGGGAGUAAUUAUUCAUGACAUAAAUGGCGGAGGAACUAUUAGUGGAAAAACCUGCAACGCUCAGCACGCAUCUUACCAAGUCACUGCUGGCAGUGGCUUUUCUGUCCUCAUUUGGAAGCUCCAUGCUCUAUGGCUACAAUUUGGCAGUUGUGAACUCUCCAGCAGAGUACAUCAAAGACUUCUACAAUGAGACACUGGUGGAAAUGUACGACUACUCUCCAGAUGAAGAGGUCCUUACCCUCCUGUACUCCGUCACCGUCUCCAUCUUUGCGAUUGGUGGGAUGUGCGGCGCUCUGCUGGUGGGCAAACUUGUUACCAAAUAUGGAAGGAAAGGGACGCUGGUGAGAGCCUCUGUGCUGGUGUUUAUCGGAGCGCUGAUGAUGGGCUUCAGCAGAGGCUGCAGGAUGCCCGCCAUGGUCAUUUUUGGACGCUUCAUCACAGGAGUACACUCAGGUAUCUCUCUCAGUGUGGUGCCCAUGUACCUCGGUGAGAUUGCCCCCAAAAACCUGCGAGGCUUCCUGGGCCUUGUUCCCAGCAUUCACAUAUGUCUUGGAGUCUUUUGCGCUCAGGUCCUAGGACUCCAUGAGCUGCUGGGAAAGGAGGAGCACUGGCCUCUGCUUCUGUCCCUCAUAGUGUUUCCUACCCUGGUCCAGCUGAUGCUGCUGCCCUGGUUUCCAGAGAGUCCACGGUACUUGUUGAUAGAGAAAGGAAAUGUUCAUGCCACCAUUGCAGCGCUGAAGUGGUUUAGAACUAAAGGAAACAUCCAGGCCGAGGUCGAGGAGAUGCAGGAGGAGCAGCGCUCUCUGUCUUCCGUUGAAACGGUCUCUGUUCGCGGCCUGCUCACAGACCCCUGCGUCCGCUGGCAGGUCAUCACCAUUUCAGUGGUCAACGUCGGCAUGCAGCUGUCCGGCAUUGAUGCAAUCUGGUUUUACACCAAUGAAAUAUUUAAGAAUGCGGGAAUCCCAGAACCUUCUAUUCAGUACACCACCGUGGGAACUGGUGCCAUCGAGGUCAUCUCGGGGAUGUUGGGGUGUUUCACUAUUGAGCGUCUGGGCAGAAGGCCUCUGAUGAUUGGCGGCUUCCUCUUCAUGGCAUUCUGCUGUUGUGGGAUCACAGUGUCCAUCCUUUACCAGACGCAUCUGCCCUUCAUGCGCUACAUCAGUGUUGGCUGCGUCAUUGGGAUCAUUGCUGGCUUCUGCAUCGGUCCAGCCGGUGUUCCUUUUCUGCUCACUGCAGAGCUCUUUAAGCAGUCACACAGACCAGCUGCCUACACUGUGGCCGGCUGCCUCAACUGGUUGUCAAACUUCACCAUCGGCUUUGUCUUCCCCUUCCUUGAGAUUGCUACAGGUCCUUACUGUUACCUGAUCUUCUGUGCGAUCUGUUUGGGAGUGGCUCUAUACACCAUCUUCAUUAUUCCUGAGACCAGGAACAAAACCUUUAUGGAGAUCAGCCAGAUGUUUGCUACCAAGAACGACAUCCUGAAGGAGGAGUUGACUUCCAAUGGUAUUGUUAAAUUGGCUAUGAUGAACGGCUAUGGAACCCUUGAAGAGAAAAAAGAGGAAGGCAAGAGAUAAAUGAUGCCCUCCUGUCUCAGUGUGCCUUAUUGGGUCCUAGUGACUGCUGGUGCUGUCGCAGAGAUCAGGUAGAACUUUUGUUACCACGGGAGCAUCUGCAGCUCCAUAUCACAACUCCGAAUACCAAUGCAUCUCCUCCAACAGUAGUCUCUUUCUCCACACAACACUGUACCUGUUUCAACUUUAUCCACAGUGGACAUGUUGCUGCUGAACAACAUUUGAGACCGAAGUCAUGCGUGAGACACAUGGUCGUGCGUUUCAAAUCAACCAUCAGUGACAUUUUAAUCAGUUUCUCUGCAUCUUAAAAAAAUUCUAUGGGAGCCAAGUCUGUUCAUGAGAGGUGUUUAAUCUCUGGAUUACCUUCACUUUGUGUGAACACAUCCCAUGAUCUCUUUAUAAAAGCCAUUAUUGAAUCCUUUCAUUGUUUUAUUCAAUGUGACUUUAUCUAGUGACGAUAACACCAUCUCUCAAGCGGUCCAGCCUCACCCGUCACUUACUGUUCCACAUUCUUCAUGUUUACAAUGUUAAGCCCAAAUUGAAUAGCCUGGCAAAGAACUUGAGCUUGUGUUUGUUUUGUUUUUGCUGUCUAUCAGAUUGUUGUUUAGAGACUCUUUUUAUGUAAGAGAGCUGGAUAUCAACGGCUACUGUAGUAGUCAUGUCACACGUCCUGUCCAGGUAUAUGUGCGUGUAUGUAAAGCUUAUUAAAGAGUUUUUAUUUA